AUGUCGUCGUACAACGACAGCGACGCGGCGGAGCGGCCCAUGCGACUAAAUCGCCAUAUCCCCUCCCCGAUUCUGUCACCGAUCCCGACGGCCCCUGCGCACUACUCGUACCGUGAAGGGAGGGAACACAGCUCCGACCUCCAGGCAGGCGCCGGCGACGCUCAGCAGCGACAGUGGAGGGGCGAGCGGGACCCAUCACGGCGUCCUCCAGCGGAGCCUGUAAUCGGCCAUAAUUCAUCCUCGAGGCACCGCACAGCAGAGGACUUCCUCAGCAUCCCGCGACCUCCAUCGCCGCCGCGUACACCGCAGGCUGACGUCCGCUCUGCGCGAGGUCAAGCGUAUGCUGAGGUGGAUCCGCUCACCGAAGCGCAGCAGGGCGCCGAGGAGCGCACAAGUGAAGGAGGUCUUGUCGCCUCAAGGCUUCCCCCCGUAGCAGGGGACGCUCCCUCGCGUCCAUCCUUUGGAACCAAGGCGUCCCGCAGUGCUGCAGACGAGGAUGGCGUCAGUGCAGAGGACGCAGCUCGCACACAACGGUCUGCAAGCGACAGUGUUAGGCCCGCGCACGACUCACGUCGCGUGAGGGGUGCACAUAGACAUAAGGACGAAGACGGCGAAGGCUGCCGCGCGUUCUCGGCUGACCCGGAAAACUGGCAGUCGCGGAAGUCGUUGCCCGCCGGCUGCGUGCGAUGCAACUACCGUCUUCCCGAGGAGCUGAUCGAAUACCUGCAGGAAACGUCGAUGUACCGGUCUGUGCCACGCCCCCAUUGCCCGGAAUGCGGCGCUCGACUCGUGCCCACUGUCAGGGGCACCCGUGGUGGCGGUGACGACAGCGUCUAUGAUAGUCCACGGCUAUCACCGCGUCCCAGCCCACCGCGACGGCGAGAACGCCACUCGAAGCCCGUGAACGUUCCUCAGCGAAAACCCCACGAGAAGCGACGCAGCUCUUCGGAGUCAAGCAAUAUCGAUAUAGACGUGCUAGAUGCCGGCAGCAGCUCCAGCGAUGAUCCAAUGCACGAAUCGCAGCCGUCGCGGGGAGCGCCGCCGCAGUCCUACCGCCCCAAGCCCACGGCAGAGAAGCCCAUGCCUCCCCCGCCAUCUUGUCAUCCUAAGACGCCAGUGCCACCGCCCCGAGGCGGAGCGCAUGGCGACAGCGAAUGGACGCCUAGGGAGAAGCCUUUCAUGGUUCUGACCAAGUCACCAUACCUCACCCUUGAUUCCUUGCCCUGUGGCCUUGAUGGCGCCACGAGAGCGGCGGAACCGAGCAAUGGCUGGCGCCGAGGCCAGGAAGGCGCCAGCGCCUUGAGCCCAGACGGCAUCGCCGCUCCGUGGGUGGUGGGGGGGUGCGCGGCAUGCUGCCGACAGGUCGGCGCAGGUCUCGCAGGAAUUUGUUGCUGCGCCAUGCCCUGCGUCCUCUUCCGCGAACGCCAGCGGCUACUCCUGCACAAACUGCGCAGUCGCUACAUCUGCUGCGCAGGCGCCUUCCCUUGCUGCGUUCCACCGGUGUCACUGCGUCCUGAGCUGUACUACACGAUAGGGCCCGAUCACCUCUACAGCCCCGCCCUGGACGCUUCGGCGGGUCGAUAUUGGGAUGGCGCCCUCGACGCCAGCACGGCGGUGUCGCAACAGCGGCAUUGGCAUGACUUAUACACGGUGAGCAAUGGUAAGGGCGAAGCGCGGGCGACCUCGUCGCGCCUCGCUGGAGGUGGACGGGGGCUCCUUGCCGCCUUCUGUUCCGUGAACGGUGUCGCCUCCCCCGCCUCGCUUGUAAACCCGCGGACGGGCCUUCCCCUGGACGGCUGCUACUCCAACGUGUCUUUCUACCAAGGUGAAAGGCCGCCCGCCUGCUGCGCCACCUCGUCGGCGUCUGCUUUAGUGGGCACAGGCUCCUGUGGCUGCAGCAGUUGUGUCUGUGACAGCACGCGUGGCUGCUGCCUCUAUUGCUCGCACCCCACCGCCUACUGCUUGGCGUGCCCGCUCUGCUGUCUGUGUUGCGAGAUGACGUUCUGCAUGCCGUGCGCUCUGUGGGCGAACCGGCUCCUGAUCCGCCAGCAUUACCACCUCGUCUCUGACACUGCCGUCGACGGUGGGGCGGUGUGCUGCUACACGUACUGUGUGCAGUGCUGCACGUGCUUGUGCACGCGGAAGCACGCUCCGACGAUGGUCAGCGCCGCCAUAGAUAAGCGCAUCGGCGGCAUUGCCAUGCCUGGAGCAAGCACGGCUGAGGCUGCCGCAUCACCGACGUCCUUCUCGUGCUGGUAUCAGCUGUCCACCACUGUUGCCGCGUGCCUGGCGGCUGUGUGUUGCUUGUGCCCCUGUGCAGCCUGUGGGUUAGCGCAGCAGCGAGAUCAGAUCCGCCGACUCGGAUACCCGCUUGUCGUUGACGUUCCUCCAGAGAUCGACAUGAUGUAG